AGAUAAUUUAAGUAAUUUAACCUUUAUUCUAGUAUGUAGUAUGCACAGGGUAAUUCAAGAUUGUAGUCAAGCUCACUUUAGCACUCUUUUUAUGAUAUUGCCAGAACAGAAACAAUGGACACAAUAAUUUUAAAGAUAAAGAUGUUUAGUUCGUAAACCACAGUUUUGUGUCUCUAAUCGCUCGCUUUAAACGUACUUUUGACUUGUACAAAACUUUUAAAAAUACCACAAAAAUGCGCGUUGCUAUUAUUGGUGCUGGUGCUGCCGGUUUGGCCUCCGCAAGACACGUCUCAGCUCAAGGGAUCGAAUGUGAGGUGAUUGAAAUGGGCUCUGAGGUGGGGGGCACCUGGGUGUACACCGACGAGGUGGGAACGGACAGGUUUGGAUAUCCGGUACAUACUGCAAUGUACAAGGGCCUAAGGGCAAAUCUGCCGAAAGAGAUUAUGGGUUUCCCCGACUUUCCCAUUCCGGAGCCAAAUGGCUCGUAUUUAGACCAAGCGACCAUUUUGCGUUUUUUGAAUCUCUACGCCGAACAUUUCAACUUAAAACCACUAAUUAAAUUCAAUCACAUUGUGACCGAAGUUCGCCCAAAUGCGGACAAAUGGUCAAUUAAGGCCAAAAAUAAAAUUACAAAAACCGAGUUUGCAAGUAUUUACGACGUGGUGAUGAUCUGUACCGGACAUUAUAACACUCCAAUCAGUCCAAGUUUGUCGGGUCAAGAAAAAUUCAAAGGCCACGUUAUGCACAGUCAUCAGUACAGAUCGAACAAACCGUUUCAAAAUCAAAGAGUUUUGGUGAUCGGUGCUGGGCCUUCAGGCCUAGACGUUGCUUUCCAAGUUGCUGAAAUUGCUCAACAAGUCGUUCUCAGCUAUGACAUGACUAAGAAAGAAGUCAAGGGGGAAUAUCCCUCCAACCUGGUCAAAAAACCCCAAGUCCUUCGAGUCAAAGACAAGGAACAUGUUGAGUUUGUUGACGGUUCUUGUUGUUCCUUCGACACGAUUAUAUACUGCACAGGGUACAGAUAUAACUUCCCGUUUCUCCACCAUGACUGUGGAGUGUCCGUAGGAGAUUUCCAUGUUAGACCACUUUACAAACACUUGAUUCAUAUCGAAAAACCCACAAUGUGUUUCAUUGGUAUUCCAUAUUAUGUUGGUGCUUUCCAAAUGUUUGACAUUCAGGCUCGCUUCUACUGCCAGUACCUCAACGGUUCAAUGUCGCUGCCUACCAAAGAAAUGAUGUACAAAGACACCGAAGAAGAUGUAGUUAAACGAAAAAAUAAAGGAUAUUCCGAAAAGCAGAUGCACUUGUUGGGUCACGAUCAACAAACGUAUUUCGAAGAGUUGGCAAGCACUGCAAAAAUUACUCCAAUAUUGCCCGUUAUUUGCAAGAUAUGGAGCGAUAGUGACAAUAGUUUUUACAAAGAUCUCAAAAAUUUUAGAAAGUACAAGUACAGAAUCCUCAAUAAUAACACAUUUGUUUCCGAACGCUACAUCGAAUAAUGGAGAAAUAAUGAAAAUGUAGUAAAAACAAGUAAUAUGAAUAAAAGUGUCUAUUUCUUA